AUGGAAACACAUGGUAGCAUUCCUAAUUACGAAAUUACAAGGGUUAUUGGUUCAGGGGCUUUCGGUUAUGUUUUCGAAGCAAUUGAUACUAAGAGACACUAAAAAGUAGCCCUAAAAAGAAUGCAAAAAGUGGGUAAAAUAUCAAGCAGAGAAUGUGAUAUAUUGAUGCAAUUGAAAUCGUGUCCAAAUGUUGUUAAAUUGAUAGAUGUUUUCUACAGCAGAAGUGAAGAUAAUAAAAUGGUUUAAAACAUCAUACUAGAAUUUAUGGAUCAAAAUUUAGAAAAUAUUAUAAUUGAUCAUAGAAAAAGAAAGGAAUAUUUUGAUGCAAAAACACUUAAGAACUAUCUUCAUUAGAUGCUCAAAGGUCUUGAUUAGAUUCAUAAAAAGCAUAUUGCUCAUCGGGACUUAAAACCAGAAAAUGUGUUGAUUCAAGAUGGAACUCUUAAAUUAUGUGAUUUUGGAAGUGCUAAAGAAAUGACUGGAACAGCUGUGAAUACACCUUAUAUUGUUUCCAGAUUUUACAGAGCUCCUGAAUUAUUGCUAGGCGUCACUACUUACACUGAAUCCAUUGAUAUUUGGGCUUUCGGUUGUAUAAUGGCUGAAUUAGCAUUAUUGGAACCCUUUUUUAUUGGCAAAUCUGAAGGAGAUCAAUUAUUUUAAAUACUCAAAAUAAUGGGAUCCUUUACAGAGGAAGAUCUUAAAUAUUUCGAAAGAGUGGUUCCUUUUGACAUCAAUUUAUUUCAGGAGUUUCCUGAAUACAAAGCCAUUAAUUUGAAUGAUAAAUUUAGUAAUGUCGAGGAUAGAGAAAAUUUUGUAGACUUGCUAAAAAAACUACUGAAAUAUAUACCUGAAUAAAGACCUAGUGCAAGUUAAGCUUUGCAACACUAAUAUUUUAAAGAUAUUUUAGAUUAGUGAUAUAUCAAAAUUGUUUUUAAUUAA